ACAUCAGAACUAAAGUAUUUCUAAGAUCCGGUUAGAGUAAUUUUAAAUAUAUAAGGUGUUUAUCUGUACUAUCCGAGGGUCCAAGUAAACCGAAUUUCACUGAUUAGAAGUCAAAAAGAUGACAAAAUAUACACAUACCCGCCAUAUUGUCUGGUGUAGUUUCCACCGAGCGAGUUCUCAUGGGAAAUGUAGUGACUGCUAAAAAUGACGUAUAAUUCCUGCGCCCGCCGCACGAAAACAGAGAGGGAAACAGAGGAUCCCUGGAAGCUUCGGGAUUGAUUUAAGUCAGCUAUCAUGCUAUUAAACGGCCUUAGCUAAAGCUAAACAGAGAAAACGACACUGCACGCAGCUUGUGCUCAGGUUGAUGAUGACACUGGUCGAAGUGUCGCUUUAAACACACGUUAAAAACAUCGUUUCGAGACUAACAAAUAUGAUGGAGGAUUUUUCUGGCUUGGCUCUGCCUCCUUUAUUUGGAGGUCACAUCCUGGAAGCAGAACUGGAGCCUGGUGGUGUGGAGCUGGGACCGGGAGAGGUGGAGCUGGGUCCAGGAGGCACCGAGCUGCUUGAGAGCACAACACAAGAAGAUGAAGAAAAAAGAGCUCUUGACAAAAGGAAAUAUGUGGCUCUGAGCAGGAAAUGUAAAGAAAUUGAACAGGUAAAUCAGAAGAUCCUGGGUCGCCUUCACCAAGUGCAAAGAAUUACUCGACGUCUGAAGAAAGAAAGGAGAUUCCUCAUGAAGACCUUAGAUGCUCACGGGGAUGACUACAGAAACGCUCAGCUCACUAUACUGCUUGAGGAUGAAUCUGGAGCCCAUUUGGAGCCGGCUGCUGCAGCGGAGGAUGAAAAGCUCAACGGUGUUUCCGGUUCCACUCCAUCUGCAGCAUCACAUCAUGUGGCUGGGACAAAGAAAAAGAGGCAUCGAAUUCCUCGUCAAGAAAAGGAUAAAGAGCCACAGAUCGACCCGGAGAUGUCGGCGUUGGCAGAGUCACAGUUUGGAGAAAUGUCCAGCCCGACCUCACUGUCUCAUUGAUCAAACCGCUGUCCUGGAUAUCACGAUGAUGGUGACUAGGAUAAGAGCACCCAGUUUCCAGGACUGUUUAAAACACUGCCUUACUUGAGUCAAUCUUUGUAAUGUUGUGGUUUCACUUGAAUAUUGUGAACAGAUUGAGUUCAUGUAACACGAGAUGUUAUUCACCUUAUAUAUGUGUAUAUUUGUUUUGUAUAUACGAGGUUAUGUUUUUACAGUUGACAGUUGAUGGCAACAUAUUUAUGACAAGCACGUGAUGCUGAAAACAUGAUUUGAUAAAUAUUUGACGUAUUAGAUGAAUAUGACAGGGUAUUACUAUCAUUACUUGAGUUAGGAUUUUAUCCGAGUAAGCAGAUGGACUCGUCGUCAUAUUAAACUUUUACACUGUGCUGUUUGGGUUUA